GGUGAAAACGCAUGCAGCUCAGUUUUAAUUAUGAAUUACAAUCCAUGUUGGUGCUGUGGCUCACUUAGCUGUACAUAUAGGCCAGAGCAUUUUGGGGGAAACUGCCAAACAACAGAUGGUGACAUGUUAUCAGACUCCAGAUCAAACUAUUGGUCCAAAGCAAGGUAGUACGACUAGGGAAUACAGCCCUUCUCUAUGGCUGUGGACUCUCCAUAGGUGCCACAUUUGACUCCUUGAGCAGUUCUGUCACUGCCACAUUUUGGACUACGCUCAACACCAAGCGGCAAGACAGGAUUGCCAACGAUGAGAAGAGCCAUGGAUUACUAUAAAAAAUAUGCUGCAGUCAUUUUGGCCACAUUGUCUGUAUUUCUGCACAUUCUCCAUUCCCUUCCAGAUGGAGAUUUUGUGUCGACUGAGCUUAUGACAGGCUGUCCAGGAUGCAGGCUAAGGGAAAACAAAUUCUUCUCCAAGAUCGGGUUCCCCAUCUAUCAGUGCAUUGGAUGCUGCUUCUCCAGGGCUUACCCGACUCCCGCACGAUCGAAGAAGACAAUGCUGGUUCCAAAGAAUAUCACAUCAGAAGCAACAUGCUGUGUGGCCAAUCACUUUAAAAAGAUUACAGUGAUGGCUGACACAAAGAUAGAGAACCACACUGAAUGCACUUGUGGUACCUGCUAUUAUCAUAAGUCUUAAUCCUGAGGUAUAAGACUGCUGGUUCCCUGAAAGGAAAAACAAGUUCUCCUCCCAGAACUGCUAUGUAAAUCCUUGGUUUUCUUCCCAACGUGCUUUGGUGUGCCACGCAACGUACUGUCAUUUUACUGCUUUUAUCCCCUUCCCCAGCAUUAACCAGCAUCCUAAUUCCUUUCAUUUGGAAUGAUGUAUAUAGCAUGGCGCUGUUCUCCAAGGCCAAGGCCAUAUAAAAUAAAGUGU